AUGGUGGCCGAGUCUUGGUUUCGCAGCUUGUGGAAGAUUCCUCGGAAGCAUGAUAAUGGUCGAGAUAAAGUUUCUCUGGGAGUUUUGGCCCUGGAAGUUUCAAGCUUAAUGUCCAAAGUAGUUCAUCUAUGGCAUGCUUUGAGUGAUAAGCAGAUUUCUAGGUUGAGGGAGGAGAUUACGAAUUCUGUGGGUAUUAAGAAACUAGUCUCUGAGGAUGAAGAUUAUAUCAUUAGGUUGAUAUGCGCCGAGCUGAUGGAGACUGUGGUUCAUGUGGCCAAGUCGGUGGCCCGGCUAUGUAAGAAGUGUGGCGAUCCUACUCUAAAGAGCUUUGAAACGGCUUUCCAAGAACUGGUAAAGAUCGAUAUUGAUCAAUACGGAUGGGAGUUUUCAUUGAAGAAAAUGGAUAAGAAGGUUAAAAAGAUGGAGCGCUUCAUUUCAAUCAAUGGUUCAUUGUACCAGGAGAUGGAGUUACUUGUGGAGCUUGAACAGACAGUAAGAAGAAUGAAGUGCAGCGAACCAAUACCAGAUAGUUUUCCUGACUAUCACAAGAAGCUUUUGUGGAAGCAACAUGAAGUGAAAGGUCUUAGGGAAAUGUCACUUUGGAAUAGGACAUAUGAUUAUACAGUUGGCCUUCUAGCAAGAUCGAUAUUCACUAUAUUCCGCAGGAUCAAUCAUGUUUUUGGUUCUAAUACUACGGUGGAUCAGAGACCUGGACGAGUUGUGGAUUCUGAUUACAUUUAUCGCAGCCAGUCGGUUUCUACUAUAUUGCAAUCAUCUGUGCCUCAGUCUGAAAGUAGAAAUAUCCCAAGAUUCUCUUCUGGUCCCCUUGGCAUGUAUGCUGGGAAAUCUGGUCCUCUUCCUAAAGCGAAUAAGAGGAAUGAUUUCCACUCGGGUCCUAUUGGUGGUGGCUUGCCGACAAAGCCUGCACCUAGUACUGAAAAGAAGAAGGGCUUGAAAUUCUUUUCAGGUCCACUUGGAAAGCCGACUUCAAAGUCGGGGCCACUCUAUGAAAUCAGCAAGCUGUGGCAAACUCCUCAAUCGCCGGCAGCACAGGCAAAUCGAUCGCAUUCAAAGCAUAGUCGGCUGACUCAAGUUGGUCCUUUCAAGGGAUGCAUAGCCACAAACAGUUCACCUGUUGUCAAUUGUCACAUUCCGGAUCUUCAUUCCAGAAUUCUUGAUGCUGCACGUGAAAGUAAUGGUAAUCACUUCCAUCAUGUGAGCUUGGCUUCUACUGGUCAGUCGAUAUUUAGUACCAAAUUUGUGGUUGCUCUUCCUGAAACCCUAAGUGCCACUGCUUUAGCACUCCACUAUGCUAAUGUUAUUAUUGUUAUUGAGAAGCUAGCAGCAUCUCCUCAUUUGAUUAGCCAUGAUGCCCGAGACGAUUUGUACAGCAUGCUACCAGCAAGUGUAAGAAUCAUGCUAAGGCAAAAGUUGAAGCCAUAUGCCAAGAGUUUGGCGCUAGCUGAGUAUGACAGUGUACUUGGGAGUGAGUGGACUGGGGCUAUAUCUUCAAUAUUGGAAUGGUUGGCCCCUCUUGCUCAUAACAUGAUUAGAUGGCAAUCCGAGAGGAGUUUCGAGCAACAGAACUUUGUUUCUAGGACAAACGUUUUCCUGGUUCAAACUCUUUUCUAUGCUAAUCAAGAGAAGACUGAAGCCACUAUUGCAGAGCUUCUAGUUGGUCUGAAUUACCUCUGGAGAUCUGGCCGGGAACCUGACGCGAAAGCUCCUAGGGAGUGUGCUACUAGCAGAACGUUUGAUGAGUAUUUGGAGCUCGGCGAGUAG